AUGGCACCUCUUCCCUCCAUUCUCCGCGCCCUUUACACACGCGCCGUCCCCACCUCCAAACCCGCAUUCAAAGACCCUAAUUACCGCCAAGGCGGCUUCAGCAUCGAUCCCCACCAUGUCAACAACCGGGGCUACUUCGCCCUCUUCGCCCUCCUCGGCGUCGCCAUGGUCCUCGCAAUAAUCUGGUUCUUCUUCUGGGCCAAAAACGGUGGCUUCCACUUCCGCAAAGGCGACUGGGAAGACUACAAAUCGACCGUCCUCCGUCGAAAAGGGCCCGAUGGCAAAACACUCAGCGGGGCAACAAAAACCACAAAACUCGGGGGCGGCAGCGUCGUCGCGAACGAAGGCGAGGAGUACAGCGAGAAAGGCAGCAAAUGGAGACGCGGCGCGCAGCAGAACAAAAAGAACAGCAGCAACGGCGAAAGCGGCAAGCCGGGGCGAGGAAAGAAAAACAACGAAGACACAGACGUACGAGCUUAUCGGCACGAAAAAGCCGCUCGAGUCGGCGGCUUGAAUCGACAAGCAGACGGCGUCCUCGGGCGCGAUUAUGCAGCCUCUUCUCAACCUCACAAUCAGCCUACGGCUUUCAACCCCUACAGCGACACCGCAUCCUCAGCGCCCACGUACUCCGACGCGGGAGAUUUCGUACCCAUCAAUUCGCCUCGCAAGGGUGGGCAGAAACCCCCCGCCGCAAAGACCAGCAAGAAAGCCUCGCCCGAGACGCCCAAGCACACCGCUCGCAAUGGCGGCGGCAGGAGAGACAGCAUCUACGAAACACCCGGCAGCAACGCAAGCACGGACUCCCACCGCCCCCUGCGAUCAAACGCAGCGCCAUUGGGUGGAGGCCGUAGCGGAACGAGCACCCCCACGAAAAGUCCGCGCAAAUCGGGUGUUUAUGGGGGAAGUGCUGGCAGAGCAGGAGAUAGAGGCAGCAUGCCGGGGAGUUUCGCGGAACCGCUGGAUUUUGAGAGUCGGUAUAGUUAUGGGCCUGGAUCAGAGGCUGGGACGGAAGUGAGUGGAGGGACUAAGGCGUAUUUUCACCCGAUUCCUGGGUUGGGGAAGAAUGGAGGUGGGGGUGGGUGGAGGAGAGGCGCGGCAGGGGGUGCGGCAGGGAGGGGGAGGAGGGAUAGUUUGAGUGAUAGUGAUUAA